AUGAAUGAGCAUUCACAAAUGAUGAAUCAGCAACCGCCACAAAUGAUUAGCCAGCCGCCGCAGAUGAUGAGUCAGCCUCUACCGCCGGUGAUGAACCCUGUUCAAUCCCAAAUCUUGAACCAGACACAGUUGUUGGGUCAGUCGCAGACCAUGAACCUCCCGGUUUUUGGUCAGAUGAAUCAACCUCAACCCCUUAGUUUGGGACAAUCUCAGCCUAUGUUGAACCAGCCGCUGAUGUUGAAUAGUAGAAGUUACAAACCUAACCAUAAGUUGAACAAGCAGUACCAAAUCCCUUCUUCUUCGAAACUUAAUAACUUUCCUCGCUUACCGAAGCAGUCAAAUCGAGGCAAUUGGAAGGGCAAGAAGGUAACCGGCGAGAUGCGAUCCAUGAAGGAUUCCAUGAGAAGAACUGAUAAGUCUACUCCUAAUCCUGCUAUUGCUCCGGUUCCCAGUGGUGCCGGAGGCUACAAGCCCCCGACACUAAAUGAAUUGCAGUCCCAGAACAGGUUAAAGGCCAGGAAAUUUUACCCUAAGAAAAAGUUCGACAACCAUUUUGCUCCAUAUGCGCCGAGGAACACGACCUCAUAUCUUAUCCGGGCGAAGAAGGCCGGUGGGAUUGCCUCGCUGGCGUGCCCUUCUCCAGUGACCCCGGCCGUUCUUCCCACCCCUAUAUUCUCACCCUCAAGAGAGUUCUUGGGUGACAUGGCGAAGGAAGAGUGGGGAGUUGAUGGAUAUGGGUCUAUGAAGGGAUUAAUUAGGCUUAGAUCUCCAG